ACAGCUGGCCCUCCCUCUGACACCCCUCACCCCUCGUAGUCCGUUCGACCAGAGCCCCUCAGUCCUGGUCAGAGAGGGAACAAGCACAGGUUGCACUGAUCCAGACUGACCCCACUUUCCUCUCUUAAAGGAUACUGACACAACCUGACACAUCGCAGACAGCAUGUCCCAGCAUACUCUGAUGUCAACACAGGAGAGGAAAAUGCAGGCGGCUGCUAUUUGUAGAGAGAUCCAUGCUACUGAUGAAGAAGAGAUGGAUCUAGGGAGGAAAGUUAGCGCACCAAAGGAGAUCAUGUUGGAGGAACUUUCCUUAUCAUCAAACAGGGGCUCUCGUCUCUUUAAGAUGCGUCAGAAGCGCUCAGAGAAAUACACCUUUGAAAGUAUUCAGAAUGAAGCCAACACACAGCACAGUAUUGAUGCCAUUUCUCUGGGCCUAAGUGCUGAAAACAUUUUAAGUCAUGAAAAUUGUCCUGGAGUUGACCAGGCACACAAUACACUCAACCCUGAGACUAUUGCACCAGGCUAUGGUGGUCCCUUGAAGGAUGUUCCAGCAGAGAAGUUCAACUGUACAUCAAUGCCCAGAUCCUACCAGUCCCCCUGGGAGCAGGCCCUCAUUAGUGACCCCUCUCUGGCCGAAACGCUGGUCACCCGCAUGCCUGAACCUGAAACCAGACAUGAGAUACCUCAGUACAAGAGCUUUAACAGGGUGGCUAUUCCAUUUGGUGGCUUCGGCAAGGCACCCAAAGUCCCUGUUAAACCUCUUGAUGUGGAACCCGGCCACGUCAUUCCAAGUCCCAUGGCCGCAGCACCUGCCGUGGUCAAACGACCCACCUUCAACAGAACAGCCUCAGGCUGGGUUGCUGACAGUGCUCCUCUGAUACUUCCCAGCAUCCCCCUUGAGCCCAUAUCAUCCAUGUCUUCCACAUUUAUCCCAGAGUCAGAUGACCUCUAAGCAUUUUUCUUGUUUUUGUAAGCUUAAUUUUCACUGGAAUACACAUUACCAGUAAAAAGAUUGGAAAAAAUUAUUAAUAUUUAUAAAUGUUUUUUUGAAAGAAGUCUCUUAUGCCCACCAAGGCUGCAUUAAUUUGAUCGAAAAUACAGUAAUAACAGUAAUGUUGUGAAAUUUUAUUACAAUUUAAAAUAACUGUUUUCUAUUUUAAUAUAUUGUAUAUCCAGUAUUCAGUGUCACAUGAUCCUUCAGAAAUCAUUCUAAUAUGCUCAUUUGCUCAAGAAACAUUUCUUAUUAUUAUCAAUGUCGAAAAUGGCCUUUUAAUAUUUUUGUGGAAACCAUGAUAUAAUACUAUACCAUUCCAACGUUUGGGGUAAGUAAGACUAAAAAAAAAAAUAGUAUUAUUAUUAUUACUUAUAUUCAGCCAGGAUGCAUUAAACUGAUCAAAAGUGACAGUAAAGACAUUUAUAAUGUUACAAGACAUUUCUAUUUCAAAGAAUCCUGACUGUAUCACAGUAAAAAAUGAACUGUUUUCAACAUUGAUAAUAAUAAGAACCAUAAUUAAUAAUUGAGUACCAAUGAAAAAUUGAGCAGCAUAUCAGCAUAUUAGAAUGAUUUCUGAAGGAUCAUGUGACACUGAAGACUGGAGUAAUGAUGCUGAAAAUUCAGCUCUACAUCACUGGAAUAAAUUACAUUUUAAAAAUUACAUUUUUAAUAUAUUUAAAUAGAAAAUUUAGCAUACUGAGAAUGUAAGACACUGAAGUUAUAUGGCAUGCCGUGACUGAUUUCUGAUGGAUUAUUGGAAAUGUCUCCUAAUGUUGAUCUAUACUAUUUCACUACUAGAAGGGCUUGCCAAUCUGCCCAUGUAGACCUGUAAAUAUGUAUUUAUAAAGGGCUGUGACAUCAACAUUUAUUUAAAUGAUCGAAUAAACAAAACAUUCAAUGAA